AUAGAGACUGAGAGAGAGAUAGAGUGCGAGAGAGUGAGGCAAGGUCUUUACAUUUCCAGCAAGCAUAAGAGGAAAGAGGAGUUCUAAAGGAAGUCCUGUGUUUAUGUUAGAAGAGAUAGACAGACAGACAGACAUACACAGAGAGAGAAACAUAGAUAGAAAGACAGAGCAAAAUAGAAAGAGGGGGAAAGGAAAACUCCACACAAAGAGUCAGAGACCCUUUCCUGGAAAAUCCCUCACCACUGCAACACUAUCACCAUUGAGACAGAGCAACACUAGAGUAUUAGUCAGAUAGAGGAGUGUGAUUGUCAUCUGGGCAAAGACAUAAGCAUUUAAGAAAACAUGUCCAACUCCAUCCUGAAGAGAAACUCCAGCAAGCAAGGCUUGCAAAACCUGUUAAGGGUGACAGCCCAGAGGAGUGUGGAGGACGCUGAGGAGAUUGAGCGGGAGCGCCGACGGAGAGCCAGAGAGAGGCAGCAAGGCCAGGGACUCCCCUUCAGCCCCACAGGGCCAGCACUGCAGGGACUCCCCUUCAGCCCCACAGGGCCAGCACUGCAGGGACUCCCCUUCAGCCCCACAGGGCCAGCACUGGACAAUGGGCUCCACACAGAGGGUGCACUGUGUGAGAGUGAGCUGAAGUCUGGUUGCCAAGUGGCUCUUGAGGAGGACGAAGGCUUUAGUGACUGGACACAGAGGUUGGAAAAACACAAACAGCGCCACAUAGAGGAGCAAGAAGCCAGGGAUGACCGGGGACUCCAAUUUAAUGGAAACUAUAGACCCAGUCCGAAAUCAGACUCAGUACCAAAUGAACAUGAGGAAGAGUGGGAGAGAAGCAUUAACAGAAAGACACAAGAUGUCUCAAAAAUGUUCACAAAUGACAAGGCGACAGAAAAGAAAAAAGAAGUGAGGAUUUCAUACACCUCCAAAGUCUUCAUGCCGCAGGACACAAGACACUUGAACACUACUGGAGAUGGAGUGGAGAGGACAACAUAUUUAGUUGCAGGAAAACUUAGCCCUAGAAGUAGCUCCAGCCUGGCGGAUCAGGGGGACGUGGAUGGGGAAGUGGCAGACGACUCCUUGGAGGCCGAGCAGAGACUGGAGAAAAUCAGACGCAGCCAUGCAGAGAAAGAGAGCCAAGAGCUGGAGGAACUGAAACAGAGACAGGUCCUGGAGCAGCAGGAGCUGGAGGAGCUCAACAGCAGGAGGGAAGACAGACGCAGGCUCAGGGAGGAGGAGGAGCGCAGGAUGGAGGAAGAGAAGCAACACAGACAGAUGGAAGAAGAGGAGGAGAGACAGAAGAUGCGUGAGGAGAUUGAAAGGAGGAGGGUGGCAGCCACAGAGAGGAGGUUGAAGAAUCUCAGCGUCUCCAGCAAUGAGGGGGAAGAUCCUCUAAGCCCCUUUAUUCCAAUGAGUCCUACCUUCAAGAAUGAAAUGGAGGAGAGAGUAAUAGCAGAGAAUACAUGCACGAUUAAUGAAAGGACAGAGUCUCUAAACCGCUCUCUGAAGAAAAGUAACAGCCUUAGGAAGACUCUGCCACCCGUGGCUGUUUCUAAGAUCGACAACAGGCUGGAGCAGUACACUCAAGCCAUUGAGAUUUCCACAAAGGAAGCCAAGCCAGCCAAACAGGCUUUGAUGGACCUUCCAAGUCCCACUGAGCCUGUUGCAGCCAAGAAGAACCUGUUUGAAGCUGGAGAUGCCUGGGGCCAAUGCUCCACUAAAGGCACACCAUCCAAGGAUUAUUCAUCACUGUCCCAGGACCCAGAGGGUAUAAAAGUCGGUGUGGCUAACCUCAUCACCCAAUGGGUGAGAGGGAGCUCUGAUGGUUCCUGCAAAAACUCCUCCUCCAAACCAGCAGAAAUAAAGCCAGGUGAUGUGCUAAACAAGAAGAAUCUGUGGGAGAAUUUAGGAGACACAUCAUCCUCUGGGAGAGGCGAGAGGGGGGCCUCUGGUAAAAGAUACAAAUAUGUGGUAACAGGACAUGGAAAGUACGAAAAAAUCCCAGUGACUGAGGACUAUGACGAAUACUCAAAUUGAAAAUCAAGUGGACAGUGCCAUGAGGAUUUUUAAGGAAAGAUAAGUUUUGAUGACUAUGGUGACCACUUACCAUCUUGUUGACAUACAUUCUUUGCAUUUCAAACAUGCCUUCGACAAACCCUUACAAGAUCCUCUUUGAAACAAGGCUGUCUUGAUCAUUUAUUUCUCCAUUUUAAAAGACACUGCCUACCUAGUAUACCCUUCACAAAGUUCUACAAAACUGUUUGUAUCCUUCUGUUUCAAUAAGACAAUCUUUUUUUCUUUUUUUCUAUAAGACAAUAUUACUCAUUGUUGUCCUGUGAAUAAUUUGUUUUCUUGAUGUACUGUGUCUAAGCAACACAAUAUAAAUAAAAUCAAUUCGUCGA